AUGUAUCUUGCUGUUCUGGUGAUUUUCUUGCAGUGUUCAGAAAUUUACACUCAGGAGAGAGUUUUUACCUUCAACACAGUUGAAAUCAAGGUUCAGCCGUCUGUCAAAGUAAGGAAGGGAACUCCUAUCUCAGUUAUCUGCCAUGCUGAUAUUAGCAAAAGCAGCAAUUUCCAGCUAAAGCAUAAUUUUACAUUUUUUAAGAAUGGCAAGCUUGUGUUCAGGACUGUAUCAGACAGUGAAGAUGCACGAUAUGAAAUACCUGUGACUAGAUCUUCAGAUACAGGAGAGUAUGAAUGUACUGUGGAAGCAGGCGGAAAGACAAAAUCUAGCAACUCCUUACAUGUUUGGAUAACAGGAAUGAACAAGCCAAUCCUGACUGCUGAGAAAAAAGAAGUUUUAGAGGGUGAAGUUGUGAAAUUACGUUGUGAGCUGCCAGAAGAAGAACCUCCUUUAUAUUUCUUUUUCCGAAAGAUAAAGAUCAAUUCAACACCUAAAGAAAAACCUGUAUUUGAAGCAUACCAAAAUUUUUCUGUAGCGGAAUUUUCUGUUGAAGAGGGAGAUAAUAUUUUACAAUUUGAUUGCUUUGGUAGGAGAAGUGUAAAACUUGAAUUUGAAAGCUCAGAACACAGCAACACAACACUUGUUACAGUUAAGGAACCAUUUGUAAAGCCUACCCUGAAGGCUGGGCCCUCAAAUAAUUUUACAGAAGGAGACAGAAUGCAGUUUGAAUGCUCCACUAUGGUAGCCGAAAUGCGUGGCAUAGAAAUCAUACUCCAGAAAAACAAAACAAUACUGAAGAGUGUACGAGACAAGAAACAUUUGAAAUACUAUGCAGUGGCUACUCUAGAGGACAGUGGUGAAUACCUGUGUAAGGUGGAGCAAGGGAGAGCAUCUAAAACCACCAAACUGCGUGUUGUUGUAUCAGAGUUAUUCCCCAAACCAAUAUUGGCUGCGUCUAUGAGUGAGCUGGAUGAAAAUAAAGAAUUAACUUUGAGUUGCAGCAUUAAUGGUUUUCAGGGAGCUAACUUCACUAUAUUACGGAAAAAGUCAAACAGAGACAUCUGGUUGAAAAAGUCUAGAAACGUAACUAUGAGAGUUAAUGUGAAUGAUACAGGAUCCUAUACCUGUAAAGCUGAAGUAAAAGGAAUAGUGAAGGAGAGCAAACCUGUAGUGAUAAAUGUUUACGCUCCAGUCUCUAAGCCAAUUCUUUCCGUUGUCAGCGGUUUACCGGAGGUGGUGUUAGGGAAGCCUCUACAGUUAAUCUGUCGUGCAGUGAUGGGAACACCGCCAAUAACAUUCACGUUCUACAAAGGAAAUAAAGUUCAGAAAAUAGUAACUAAUGACACAUAUGCUACAUUCCUGGAUAAAAAUAUUACGCAAAAUGACAAAAAAGAAUACAAAUGUGGAGCUAGAAAUAAUCACACCAGUGGUAUGAAAACUAGCAAUAUUCUAAACAUCACAGUAAUAGUACCAAUCAAGAAUGCCAGCUUGGGCAGUAUUCCGUAUGGAGAAGUGGAAGAUGGCAGUGAGACUGCUUUUCUCUGCUCUGUGAAAGAAGGAUCUUGGCCAAUCCACUUCAGAUUUUUUAGAAAAACUGAUCAUGAAGUUCUUCUAUUUGAAAAAAGUGAAAAUGCAGACAGACUCAUGUGGCGCAAAGAAGCAAUGAAGAGGCAGGACACGGGGACGUAUUACUGCAUGGCUUCCAAUCGAGCUAAUGUGGAUGUGAAAAGCCGUCCAAUAACCAUCAGUGUCAUCUUGGCGACUUGGCAGAAAGGAGUCAUUGCUGCAUUUGUCCUAAUACCUAUUGCAGGAGCAGUAGCUUUCGCUUUAUGGUGGUUUUUGUUUAAGAAGAAAAAGGCUAAAAGACCGUCCAUGGAGAUGUCUGGUUCUGCCUUAGCCACAAGCUUGACAAGUGAAAAACUGACAGGUCCGCACAGUGAUGGAGACUACUAUUCAGGAUCAGGUUACAUUGAAGAUAGUGAAAAUCACAUGAAAUCAACAGAUGAGAGUAAAGGACCUGACCUUGAGAGUGCUGAGGUGGAGUACACUGAAGUUGAAGUAUCGACGCUUGAUCUUCACAGAGCUCCUGUACAGAAGGGGACUGAAACAGUUUAUAGUGAAAUCAGAAAAGCUAUUAAUGAUUCUGUGGAAAACAGGCAUUCUAGAAUACAAGGGCAUCCUGAUGCUACUUAGAACAAUCAUCUCAAAGAUCAGCUGGGAGAAGAAAACAAGCCAAGAUGGAAGAUGUUGCAACUGUUUCAGAAGCUCUGCAGCACUUAUUUAUGAGUUUGCCAGGCUCUUCUUUUCAAAGUUUAUUUCCUUAGCGGGAACAAUAGAUAUGUUCCUAAAUCAUUCAAUGGAAAAAAUUACAAAUGAAAAUUCCUAUAGGAAAGUGGCUCUAGGAACCGCUGACCUAGGUUCUCAUCUUUAAUUUCUCCUGCUAAUGCAAUUUUGCCUUUCUAACUUCCAGUUCAUCACACUCUGAGGAAAUAAAAGGGGAAGCUAUAGCUGAGGAAGUUCAUUUCUACAGUGCAGUAACUACUGUGAUACCAGCAGGAUCUAGAAAUGCCUAAGCUUGCUUUAAACUAGCUAACUUGGUUGUCAUUAACACUACUGUGGCAGAAGAGGGCUCAGCACAGCUCCACCAGCCGUGUAUAUACUUUGCCAUGAUUUUGCAGCUUGUGCUGAGCUCCCUGUGCUGCAGCAGCUGGACUGCUAC